CUUUUCUUGUACUGUUCUGAUUCCCUUGGCGAAAACGCUCUCGCCAGAAGCUAGCCCUGUGCCCGCUCCACUCCAUCCCCCGAACCACGCAACACCAGAGUCAAUAUGAAGCUCGCCCAGGUGUUCCUCGCGCUUCCUCUCCUCUCCGCCGUCAAUGCCCUGCAUUUCUACUUUGAAUCUGAUGAAAAGCGGUGUUUCUUGGAAGAAUUACCGAGUGAAACCAUUGUAGAAGGCCACUACAAGGCGUUUCUAUGGGAUGAGCAACAAAACCAAUGGAAGCCGGAAGAGGCUAUGGGCAUUCAUGUGACUGUCGACGAAUUGUCGUCUGGACACAAUGUGGUCAACACCCGCGGUCCUCCCGACGGACGAUUCACUUUUACCUCCCACGAGCCUGGAGACCACAACAUCUGCUUACACUCCAACAUCACCGGUGGAUGGCUCUCGAACCAACACAUCAAGAUGUACCUUGAUCUCAACGUCGGCUCUGCCAAGAUUGACCAAUCCGACGACAAAUCCCACGUUACCACCCUCUCCUCCAAGAUUCGCGAGCUCAACGUCAAGGUCGCCGACAUUCAGCGUGAGCAACGCUACCUGCGAGAAGUGGAGGCAGACUUUAGGAAUGCGAGUGAAUCAACCAACGCGAGGGCUGUCUGGUGGAGUCUCUUGCAGAUCGUGGUGCUGAUUGCGGCUGCUGGAUGGCAAAUGAGACAUCUCAAGGUCUACUUUGAAGACAAGAAACUCAGAUAAAAAGCCAUGUAAGGGCUGCUACCAUGAAAUGAUGCACGAAUCCAUGAUCCAGAUCA